AUGACGUGACAUUGACAGUUCUUUUUAGUCAGAUUUUUGACGCGUGAACACGUUUUGAUUCAUCUAAUUGAUCAAAAUCUAACAAAAUGGCUGAACAACAAGAUGCUGAACUUCUCAGAAAGAAGCGUACUUUCCGUAAAUUCACCUACCGCGGUGUUGAUUUGGACCAACUUUUGGACAUGAAGAAAGAACAAUUGUCCGAUUUGUUGGGUUGCCGUGCCAGACGUCGCAUGUCGCAUGGCUUGAAGCGCAAACCACAAGCUUUGAUCCAAAAAUUGCGCAAAGCCAAGAAGGAAGCUCCUCCACUCGAGAAGCCUGCCAUCGUCAAGACACAUUUGCGCAACAUGAUCAUCGUUCCCGAAAUGGUUGGCUCCAUCAUCGGUGUUUACAAUGGAAAAACCUUCAAUCAAGUUGAGGUCAAGCCAGAGAUGAUCGGACACUAUUUGGGUGAAUUCUCAUUGACAUACAAGCCUGUUAAGCACGGUAGACCCGGUAUUGGUGCUACUCACAGCUCCAGAUUUAUUCCAUUGAAGUAAAUUUGCUUGUUUUGUACAAACUUCCACACGCGAACAUCAACAGCAAUCCAACUGAUGUGGGAAAUAAACAUCUAAAAAAACCUAAAA